AUGGGCGCCGACGGUCCUGGCACUAGCGAGUCCGCUUCGACCUCGGGAAGAGCGAGCUCGAGCUCUUCGUCCGAGUCCACCGCAGGAGUGGCUAAAGCUUCCGGGACGCCGGAAACGGGGCUGGCAGCCGUUUCAGCCGAGCUCACUGGUCGAUUUAUACAUAUCACGGACUUUCAUCCUGACCCGCAUUAUCUCGAGGGAACGAGCUUCGACUCGGGAUGCCACCGUGUUGCCGAGGAUGAGUUUGACGGAGCGGAUGGGCAGAAGAAGGGGAAGGGCAAGAAGGGUAAGGGGAAGAAAGGGGAUGGGGAUGAUGAGGAAGAGGAAGUAGCAGGAUAUUGGGGAAGCUCCGUCACAGACUGUGACUCGCCGCUCUCGCUCGUCAACAUGACCUUCGACUGGCUCAAGAAGGAGUGGGCGGACGAGGUAGACUUUGUCAUUUGGACGGGCGACAAUGCUAGACACGAUAUUGACCGCUCAUUACCCCGUACUCCCCGCGAAAUCACCGCUCUCAACGAGUUCAUGGCGAACAAGAUGCUCGAUGCGUUCGGACCUGAAGUCGUCAUUGUUCCUAGUCUGGGAAAUAACGAUAUCUACCCUCACAACGUGAUGGGUCCGGGACCUAGCGGGUUGACCAGCGGGAUGCUGAGAGUGUGGAAAGACUUCAUCCCGGAUGACUAUGACCAUGUCUUUGAGCGCGGCGCGUACUUCUCCGCAGAGGUUAUACCGGACCAGCUGGCCGUAGUCUCGCUGAAUACGCUGUAUUGGUACGACUCAAAUACCUUGGUCGACGGAUGCGAGGACGGUUCGUCCGAUCCAGGAGCGCUCGAGUUUGACUGGCUCGAGGUCCAGCUGGAAGAGUUCAGGGAAAGGGGUAUGCAGGUCUGGUUGACUGGUCAUGUUCCGCCUCAUUCUGGAAACUACUACGAAACUUGCCACCUGCGAUACGGCGAUCUUGCUCUGCGAUACCAAGACACCAUCGUCGGCCACCUGAACAUCGACCACUUCUUCUUCCUCGACGUACCCGAGCUCGAAUCCCGCGAGAAUCGCCUCCUCUCGACCUCAUACCCAUCCCACCGCAAUCUCACUCUCAAAGGCGCAUACGAAGGUCCAUCCCUGCACCACGGCGCCGAGCCACAUCCCCAAUCUGGCCGAAUGCGGACGAUGGGCCGGAACAGUAAUGCCGCUCUGGUCGAUACGCUCCGGAAGGACUUUGGGGACAUGCCUGGGCCCAACAAGCUCAAGGUGAAGGAUUACGCGGUGAUGAAUGUCGCGCCGAGCGUUAUUCCGACGUAUAUGCCGGCUGUGAGGGUCUACUCGUACAACAUCACCAACAUCACCCGCUAUCCCGAUAGCGUCAACCUCGAUUCCAACCUCGCCGCCCUCGGCCGGAAACAUGGACAUCGGCACGGCCGCAAAAAGCCCAAAUUGCACUGCAAAGACCCGAUCAACCGCGACAAGCCGCACUGCCGCUUCAAGACGCGUCCGCGAUACUACAACAAGACGUCCCCCUCGCGCUCCAACGUCCCGCUGUCGGCGCUGGGGUAUACUCAGUUCUACCUCCCGGGGGUGGACGGGCCGAAGAAUGUGACGCCGGAAUGGCAGAUCGAGUACUCGACGUUCAAGCCAGACCGCUUGAUUGCGGCGGAAGAAGGGCAGCCGGGACCGGUGCCGGUUCACCUGUUGCCCCAGUAUGAUGAGGGGGUGUUUGCUGCGCUCGAAGCCAGUGGAGAGGGGGAGAGGGUCAGGAAGUUCAAGCAGGGUUUGAAGAGGAUUACGCCCUGGCGGAUGAAGGAUCUGACGAUUGGGAGUUAUGUCAAGCUCGCGAGGAAGCUGGUGGCGGAGAAGAAGAUGUGGAAGCAGUUUUCGGAUUUCAUGUGA